AUGCUCUCACGUGUUGCUGCAGUGAUGGCACCCCGCACACACAACCGUCGUCGCGUGACCGGAUCCAGCGGAAGGAGGAGGGAAGGAGGAGAGAGUGAGCCGCAGAGGCCCAACAUGUCCCGGCGUGUGUUUACUUCCGCGCUGCUGCUCCUCCUCGUCGUGAUGAUGUGCUGCGGCACUGGUGGAGCUGCGCAAGCUGCGGGGCAGGCAUCUGGUCCAAGUUAUAAAUGGAAGGACGUUAAGGAUGAGGAGGGUGGUGGUGUAACUGUGGACUCGUUGGGUGUUCCCGGCCUUUUGAAAGUGGGGAGUGAUGUGUUUGCCGUUGCCGAAGCGCAGUGCAAGAGGAAGGAUGAAAACAGCGGCUUUAAUGGCAUUGCAUCCCAAAUUAUCACGAUGGAUAAGGAUAACGAACCGAAGGAAUUGCUGGAGGAUGACAAGGACACACAAGUUCUGGAAGAAGUCACUUCUGGAAAGGAGAAGAUGAGAGUAGAUGUGAGCCGACCAACAACAGUUGUUGAGGGAAACGAUAUUUACAUGCUUGUUGGAAAAAACAGCGGUGAAAAUCUCGCCGAAUGUAAGGCUACGACCGACACGAUCAAAUCGGGAAUAUUGCUGGUGAAGGGUAAGGUCGGUGAAGGCGGCAACAAACGAAUCCAUUGGAAGGAAACUGACGGUCUCCCGUGCACUCUAGGCGAACAUCACAACACCUUGAAGCGGCUGAUUGGCGGCGGUGGAUCGGGUGUCAAGCUGAAGGACAGUACGCUUGUGUUUCCAGUGGAAGCCACGAAGACGACGAAGGAUGUCGCACAAAAGGAUGGAAAGACCGUUUCGCUGCUCCUGUACUCAUCGGAUACUAAGAAUUGGAAGCUGUCGAAGGGGAUGUCUGACGGUGGCUGCAGUGAUCCCUCCGUCGUGGAGUGGGGGAAGGACAAACUCAUGAUGAUGACUGUGUGUGAUGAUGGCCGCAGGGUGUACGAGUCCGGUGACAAGGGGGAUUCGUGGACGGAGGCACUCGGGACACUCUCGCGUGUGUGGGGCAACAAACAGGAUAAAAAAGUGAAGGCCGUUAGAAGCGGGUUUAUCACGGCGACGAUUGACGGUGUUGAAGAUAACAGAAAUGUGAUGCUCGUUACUCUGCCGGUGUAUUCCGAGGUGACUGAGAAAGGAGGCAAUGUGAAAAAGGGAAAACUCCAUCUUUGGCUGACGGACAAUACGCACAUUGUUGAUAUUGGGCCGGUAUCCGAUGAUGACGCUGCCGCCAGCUCCCUGUUGUACAAAAGUGGUAAAGAUGGUGAAGCUAAUAAGAAGGAUGAGUUGAUUGCACUGUACGAGAAGAAGAAGGGUGAUGAGGGCAAACCAUCACCCGGUAUGGUUUCCGUGCUUCUGACUGCGCAGCUGCAGCGUGUGAAGGAGGUGCUGGCGACGUGGAAGAAAGCAGACGACAUUGUCUCCAAGCUGUGCACCUCUGAGAGUGUUGAGAAGGAUGCCUCAACUGAAGAUGCCUGCAGCCCUACUGUUAAGAUCACGGCUGGGCUGGUUGGCUUUUUGUCCGGCAACUUCUCUGAGAACACAUGGAGGGACGAGUACCUCGGGGUGAACGCCACAGUGAAGAAGGAAAAUGGUGAUGGGGAGACAGGGGCAACAAAGACUUCCGAUGGUGUGCAGUUCCAUGGAGCGUGGGCGGAGUGGCCCGUUGGCAGUCAGGGGGAGAAUCAGCUGUACCACUUUGCGAACUACAACUUCACUCUUGUGGCGACGGUGUCCAUCGACGGUGAGCCGACGAGUGGCAGCGUCCCUGUGAUGGGUGUGCGUCUGAGUCGUGAAGGAGAAAAAAAAACUUUUGACCUUUCGUACGACAAGGAAAAGAAGUGGCAGGUGCUGUGCGAUGUCGAAAGCCCUGAGGAUCAAAGCCGCACUUUGGCGACGGAUACAACACACCACGUCGUGAUUUUGCUAAGGAAUGGCACCCAGGGCUCCGCGUAA